AUUUUGCCACGUGGAAGUACGAUAAUUGUGCCGCCAUACCAGAUUCACCGUCUAGAGGAGUAUUUUCCAGACCCAGAAGUGUUUAACCCAGACAGAUUUUUACCUGAACAUACUCAAAAUCGGCAUUACUAUGCCUACGUACCUUUCAGUGCUGGCCCAAGUCAUGCGUCGGAAGAAAGUACGCGAUGUUGAAAUUAAAAGUUUUAAUAUUAACAAUAAUCCAAAAUUACCGGAUCCACUCGAAUUUGACGGAGAAAGAUUUCAAACGGCAAUUAGACGUAAUACUGAAGCGGACAGAUGGCUUCAAAAUUGAAAUUGAGCCGAGAAAUAAGUCGACCGCAACUGCAUAA